AUGUCUGAAAACGAAUUUGACGUGAAAUCGGGCCCAGGCUUGAUUAUGUUCCCGUCGACCAUUUCCCAAGCUGGAUCAUGUCCCCGGCUUGAUGGUGCCCCCGGCUUGAUGGUGCCCCCGGCUCGAGCAUGUCCCCAGCUUGAUCAUCUCCCAGGCAUGAUCAUGUGCCCGGCUUGAUCAUGUCCCCGGCUUGAUCAUGUCCCCGUUAGAUAUUUAUUGGACUCCCGCCACGAAAACAAAGAUUUGCACCAGAAAGCCAAAAUAAAUAGAAAUAAUAUUUUUCGUUAAAAAAGUAACUCACAAUUAUAUUAUAGUUCAUAAUGUUAAAAAUUUUUACUAUUUUGUUCACAUAUUGUUAAGAUUUUAAUAUGCUUUAAUAAUAUAAGUUUAGACCUCAAAUCGCCAUGGUUAACGUCAAAAUGGCCACCCUCAUUACCUGUGAUCCGGCCAUGUUACAAUUAAUCCGGCACAUGGACAAAACCCAAGAGUUAUCGUACAAAUUCAUCAUCAAACAAUUGGACGAUACUCACAUUCUGGUGGAUCGCGAUGCUGUGCAACAUCUCAAACAAAAAGUCGACACUUUCAUGGAUCAACUUUCUCCCGAUCAAAAUACCUAA